AUGUCGUCCUUCGCUUUCAACAUGAUCGCGGCCUCGAUGCAGCAGUCCGCUGCCCCUUCCGCCUGGGAGCAAUACAUCAACAGGCGCACCGCCGUACGCCUUCUCAUGGCCCCGCCUGCCGACUGGACAGGGGCCUCCGUGAGCCUCAAGCUCUCGGGUUUCCCAUUCAAGCAGUCGAUUGAAAAGCUGAGGGUCGAGCCCGCUGGCACGAACUUUGAGGCCAUGCUGCAGCGCUUGCUCCGCGGAGAGCCGGUGACCGAGGAGGAGCCGCAGAUCGACGACGCUACUCGCGCCCGUGCCGAGCAGAAGCGCAAGACGAAGAGCGCUGGUGGCCAGUCCACCAGCGCCGCCGCGUCGAACACGCUGUCCGAGGACCCCUACGAGCUUCUCGGCCUGGCUCACCUCCGCUGGCGCGCCACCGAGGACCAGAUCAAGAAGGCCUACCGCAAGCAGGUCCUCAUUCACCACCCCGACAAGAAGGGCGGCGAAAUGUCCGAAGAGGACGCCGACGAGAUGUUCAAGUCUCUCACUCGCGCCCACGAUACACUCAGCGACCCUCGCAAGAGGCGCGAGUUCGACUCGACGGAGCCCUUCGACGACUCCAUCCCCUCCGAGCUCGUCAAGGUGGAGACCGACGAGCAGUUUUUCAGAAUCUACGGCCCGGUCAUCGAGCGCAACAGCAAGUGGUCCAAGAUUCACCCCGUGCCGGCGCUGGGCGACUCGGACACGCCCUACGACAAGGUGAUGGAGUUCUACGACUUCUGGAUGUCCUUCCGCUCGUGGCGAAACUUUGCCGGCGCCGACGAACACGACCCCGAGGAGGCCGAGACCCGAGAAGAGAAGCGAUGGAUGGAGCGGCAAAACGAACGCGAGAGGAAGCGCAAGAAGAGGGAAGAGCUCACUCGCGUUGCCACUCUCGUUGAGGGCGCCUUCAAGCGAGAUCCGCGCAUCAAGCGACACAAGUUGGCGGAGAAGGAGGCCAAGAAGCGUGUCAAGCAGGAAAAGAUCGACGCCAUCAAGAGGGUGCGGGAGGAGCAAGAGCGAAAGGAAGCCGAGGAGCGAGAAGCCAAGGAGAGGGAAGCCAAGUCCAAGGCCGAAGAGGAAACGAAGGAGAGGCAGAGGAAGGCGAACGCUCUUCGCGACGCGAGGGCCAAGCUGAGGAAGUUUUGCAGGAGCGCCAAGGACCUCAAGGCGCCCACCAGCGAUGUGGAGCUCAUGUGCAGCAACCUGCCCGUCGAGCGUCUCAAGGCCCUCAUCGAGGCCAUCAAGACCAACCAGAACGCGCAGGACGCCUUCGACGCCGAAGUGCGUUUCCUCAAACCCAACCACGCCCCCGUCGAGGAGAAGCAGAAGCAGAAGGAAGAGGACGAGCAGCAGCUCAAGGCCGCCACGGAGGAGAAGAAGGCCAAGGCCGCCAUUCCGUACCCCGGCGGCAGCCCCAACAGGUGGCGAAUGAUCGCCGACCUCGUCAACUCCAAGGCGGACCGAGCCAACGGCGGCAAGUCCAGGUCUGUGCAGGAGAUCAUCGCCAAGGUGGGCGAGAUCAAGGUCGUGGCCGAGAAGAGCGCCCUGCCCGGCGUGCAGAUCGAGGAUCACAAGCACAAGGGAAAGUUGAACGCGGGCGGACCCAUCGGCGGCAUUUCGCUGCGCACGCAGAUCCCCGACCUCGCGCCGGUGGUGGAGGAGAGCAACGGAACCGCGCCCCACCAGGCCAACGGCAAGAAGCAGCCCCAGCAGGGCGAAAAGAAGAAGGCCGCCGCUGCCCCUUCGCCCUCUACCACCACGACCGCCACCUCCGAAUCCACGGCCGAGAAGGAAUCUGCCUCGACAGCGUCGCCAGCGGAGUGGUCGCAGGAGGAGCAGAAGGCUCUCGAGGCUGCCCUGAAGAAGUUCCCGGCCUCGCUUGGCGUUUCGCGCUGGGACUCGAUCUCUGCGGCCGUCGCCGGCAAGACCAAGAAGGACUGCGUCGAGCGUUACAAGUUCAUCGUGGCCCAGCUCCGUGGCAAGAGCAACAAGUGA